AUGCAGAAUGGUUUAAGUUAUUUGAUUAAGCUGCUGAAACCAACAAUUGGAGCAAAGAAAGAAGGAUUACAAUUGCUGCAGAAACCAGGAGAGAAAGUCAACUCUUAUGCUGCAAAAUUCAAAAGACUUUUGCAUAAAGUUGAAUUCAGUAAAAAACUCUCUCCUGCAUAUGUUAUUUGCAUGUUUCUUGGCAGUUUGAGUGGCAAAAUGGCAACCUUCAUUACUAUGAUGGCCCCAAAAAUGCUGAAUAAUGCUAUCAUGUAUACACAAAAGGUAGAAGCAGUAUUGGAAUCUGUUAAUGAGAAUUUGCUGCUAGAAACUAACAAGUUCCAAAAAGCUCAAGUGACAAUAAAUUUUGAUAAACAAAAACUAGUAAUUAGGUAUUUAGAAAGAAGGUUUGAAGUGCCUAUAAUGCAUACAGACAAGAAAAAACAGAAGGAGUAUAUAAAUAAGGACAUGAGGUCAGAUAGUAUUCUGGUUGAUAAAGUGUCAGAAAGUAAGUUAGAAAGAAGGAUUGAUAAUGAGAAUGUUAAAGAAGAAAGCCUGGCAGUCUGUUUAGCUGUAAUAAAGGAAGUCACAACUGAAAAGAAGGUCCCUGUGGAUGAAAAACUGCUUAUAAAAGACCAAUUGGUUAGAAUAAUGAAUAGUGUGAAUAUAGAAGUACAGUAA